AUGAGUGAAUCCUUUGACUGCCGUGAGAUAAUUGGUCUGAUCGACAGAGGAAUCAUUCCUGAAGAGUGGAGGAUCAUGGUUGCGGUCCCGAAAGAGAGGGAGUUCAAGCAUACUGAUGCACGGUGUUUUGGUAAGAUGACCUUCGAGAUGAGGGCAUACCAAGUUGUCACCGAGUCUAUUACCAAGUAUAUUAAACACCAGUCCACGACUCUCAGCGAAGAACAGCUUACCAAAACACUGAAUAGGAUGAGUUGCCCAGGAGGAGACCACGAUUACAUCAACAUUGUGAUCGAUUUCUCCUCAUGGUGCACUCAUUUUCGAUCUGAACUUGUUGACCCUCUCUUUCGGGCUCUAGACGAUCUGUUUGGUUUCUCUAACUUGUACCAGUUUACACACAGAUUCCCCUUGAUUUCAAAGUUAUUGUUUCAGGAUAGGUACGCCCCCCCUGACCAGAGUCCCUCUGGUGAACCGAUUGAGGGAGCCCGCUGCGUGCUCAGGAUCCCAUCCAAGCAGUACUUGAGGGAGCGUAAUCUAACCCCCGACGAAUACACUGUGCAGUUUCUCCAGGUGUUGGAAGAAACAUGUACAAAAUCUGGUAUUGUCAUCAAGGUGCGGGAAUCUUGGAGAUCGCGCAGACUCCUUGAAUACGGAAGACGAUACUUCCUAGAUGGCGUUCAGGUGAGUGGGGCCAUUAAGAAAGCAACAAGAAUAACAAGCGAGGCCAACCAUACUAUCCUCACUAUCAAUGCAAUCAUCGCUGGUCUCUUUUCCAGCGGAGCCUCGAUUGCUGGAGAUGAUGAAAGCCCCAUACCGGCCUAUCAAUUGACGACGUCGGCUAAUGAAAUCAAGGCUUUACUGGGUCUACUUAUUCAAUCUGCUGCCCUGAAAAGUAACCAUUUGCCAACUCGGAUGUUAUUUGACACAAAAAGAAGCGCAAACACCUAUAAGAGCUGCAUGAGUGCUGAAAGGUUUGUAUUUUUACUAAGAUGCUUGAGAUUUGACGAUAAAAACACAAGGAAACAAAGAAGGGUAUCUGACAAACUGGCUCCCAUUAGAGAUUUCUGA